CCACACUUUACGUCACUCUCACGCCUCGAGUUCCCGUACCCUGCCCCAGAUCUUCAAUAUCAUGCCAGGUUUGCGGGAAGAGUUGCAAGGGAUGUUCAUGCACAGUGAUGCUGCUUGAUGGCGCAGGGCGAGGUCUGGAAUCUUUCUCUUCCUCUUCCAUCAUCCUUGUUCUCUUGAGGGUUUGUGCUUUUGCGAUCUCCCCUUCAGCCUCUCCAAUUUCCACAUCUCUCUUCGCUUCUCGAAUACCCUCGACUGUGAUAUCUCUUUGAAUUUUGUCCGAGCACUUGAUAAAUACGAACAUCGCAAAUAUGACGGGCUUCAUCACGAAUUAUAUCCAAAAUACUGCCAUGGGCAUGCUGUCCAGCGGCAUCACAGCAGCAGGAAAUGUAGCUGGCAAUGCCGUCGGCGGCGUAGGCACCAUGAUCCAAAGCAGCGGACAAGCAGUCGGCAAUGGCAUCGAAGGCAGUAUCAAAAAUUGGGGCGACUACAUCAACAGCUACGGCGACCGCGCAGUCGCAGCAACAGCACCAAACCCUGGCACAGCAACCGCGGUGAAAAAGCAAAAAGCCCUCCCAGCACCAGCACCAGCAAAAGGAGCAGGUGCUGUUGCAAAACAAAAGGCUCUCCCGUCAACAGCACAAAAAGCCCUUCCCGCUCCUGCAUCAAAGCCAAAGACAUUGGGUGCAAACACGCCAUCUUACGCAGGAGCCGCAAAGAAACACGCAGUCUCUGCUGCAUCCAAGCCGAAAGCCGUGGUCAACGGCAGUCCCAUCCCCUCCGCAAAUGGCUUGACCAAACCCUCCACACCUAAACCGUCAACUUCAUCUCUCCCUCCUGUGGUAUCCAAACCUCUCAGCAGUGCCAGCAGCGUACCCGGAAAAGCCAAAGUCAGCGCAGCAAGCAAGCCGAAGACCAGCGGAGGACUUCCCAGAGCUCCCGUGGACGGAUUGCCCAAACCUCCUGGUGUUAGUGGGAUUAAAAAGGCGCCUGUGGUGGGGGGAGUGGGUGGAUUGCCCAAGGUUUCGGCGACUUCAUUGCCCCCUGCUAAUGUGCCGAAACCUCCUUCGAUGAACAAGGUCAGAGUUGAUCCUGCCAGUAGACCUAAGAAGUAGAGAGAACGUCGGUUGGAAGAAACGAGACUUGAUCGCGGUCUCUUGGAUGGAUGCAUUGAGGGCAGCUUGUUUCGAGUAAGCAUUGUCGAUGUUGAUCGUACGUUUUUGCGUUUCCAUUUUUCCAAGGGGAUCGUCGUUGUAUGAGGGUAAUGAAAUUACGAUAAUCUAGCUGUGUCAGUAUCAAUAUAUUCUUUGUUAUACAUAUUC